UUGAACGAUGUAAACAGAGACUGUCAAAAAACUGAGGUUAACUUUGUCGGUACACGGAUCUUGAAACGUUAUUUUUUGUAAUUUGUAAUUUUAUUAGUGCCAACGAGAGCCUGGUAGUGAAAACUGUUUUUCAGGUCAAGUAAGAAUACUUGGAUAGUGUCGGAUGAGUUUUUUCUCUUUGCGUUUUACUUGAACAGUUUUGUUCGUUCACGGUGUUCUUUACGGCCCAUCUCGUCAGCGGAUCAGUUUAUGCAGUUCGCGUUUCGGUCGCAAAGUGCUUCAGUUACGUUUAGCGGUCAACAGCUUCCGAAAACAUAGCUAAAAUGAUUAAACGCCCAUCAAAAAAGGACAGCGAGAAUGACAUCCUGCAGAUGCAGCAGGAUUUCUUCGUUGAAUCGAAACGGGACACUAGCUUUCAACCGGCUGCCAAAGUGGUUCGCGUUGAACGGGAACAUCAGAACGACGAUUCUGCCGGGAACAGUCAACGUCAGUCAGAGUUUGCUCGGCGACGAAAUCUGAAAAAGCUACAACACUCCGAACCUGCUCGUAAGGAGCCAGUUCUUGAGAAUACGAUUAUCGGCGAGAUAGUUGAAAAACGGUAUGACCCGUCUGUUGCGAUGGAGAUUGAUGAUGAGGACCAAGUACAAUCACAAGUGGCAUUUCCUAAACUAGUUCCGCUAAAAGGCCCUCUGAUCGGACAAACAGGGAAGAAGAGUUUGUUUGCCCAAAUGUUCAACAAAAGUGAUGAACAGGUUGAAAAUAUCAAACAAGUCAAAUUUCAAUCCACCACCGACGCUAGUGAUGAUCCAACAGGAGACGAUGCACUGCAGAUUCAUCAAGAAAAUUUGCAGAAGUUGAAUCAGAUGGGUGAGGAAGAAAUUCUUAAGGAAAGGCAAUAUCUUAUGAGUACAAUGGAUCCUAAGUUGUUGGAAUUUCUAAAAUCUAGAAAGAAAAGUGGCUGUACUAGCGAAAAGCCACAGCAGGUACCAAUUCAAGAAGACGAAGAAAUAAAGACAGAACUCCCGGAUCUGGACGUGUUGACGCAAGAAGGAUCAGAGCAGUGGAUAAAUUUUGAUGUUCUAGAACCGGAGAAACUGGAGUGGACCAAAAACAUACAGAAAAGUUUGAAGAAGCUUAAACCAGGAGAAUCGUUUGAGGCAAGGUUCGACUGGAAGGGUGUACUUCAGCCUUACGUAGCCAAAGAGCAGAACAUCAACAAGGACGAUCGUGAGCUCUAUCUUCACGGAGAAGAUGCCGAUCGUCCCGGAUAUACUCUGCAAGAGCUGUUCCGUUUGGCUAGAGCCAAUGUUUUGCAGCAAAGAAUCUCCGCACUCAAUGCGAUCGCAGGAAUUUUGAAUAUUUACAACCAGGGGUUUUACGAUGGAGUGCUAGAACUUCCAAUUUCGAAGAUAUUUUUCUUUCUGCGAUUUGCUUUGGAUGAAAACACACCGGCUGUUGUAGAAGUGGCUUCUCGGGCGUUGGCUUCAUUAUUUUACAACGAUACUGAUGAGACUCUACUGGAUACCAUUUACGAUACGGCUCGGGGAAUCUACCAGCCGGAAAUGGGUCUGAACAUUACUCAUAGUCGCACGGAGGAAGAACAGCAACGGCAAAGAAACAUUGAGAGUGGAUUUGACUCUUUGAAUCUGAGUGAUCAAAAAUCACAGAAAAAGAACACCAGGAAGGUCCAGUUCGAAACCCACCUAGACGACGAUCCGGAUGAUUUAGGAAACCGGGAAACAAUGAAUGACUUCCACCUGGCAGAGACAGAUUUGCUGGAGUGCUUUCUGCGUACAAAUAUUCUAGAACGGGUUCGGUACAUUCUGUUCUCAAUGCGCUCGGAAGGAACUACCGCUAUAAGUUGCAUGAAGCUGCUGAUACGACUGGCUAGAACCAACAAUGCUAUGGCAGUGAAAAUUGCUUCCAACGAGCAACUGAUCGGGGGGUUAGUGAAGAAAUAUCUUGGUUCCAUCGAGGGUCAGGGUAAACACGAACCGCAUCAUUUGGUGAUUAAGCUGUUCCGGGUGUUGUGUUCUAACGGGGAUGCUUUUUACGAACAGUAUCUCAAUCGACAUCACGUGAUCAGUUUGCUAAAGCGGUACGUUUUUACCAGGAGCGACAUUAACGUGCAAUUGAUUCUCGCUCAAAUAGAAACCUUCCGAUUUUUGCGAUUGUACCUGAAGUGUGCUCGAAAUGAUGAACUCUAUCGUGACCUAUUGCCGGCAUUGUUUUACCUGAUCGAAUGGCACUACCAGCAUCUGAGCAUGGACGAAGGCGGUCCGUUUAUCAUCCGUCAGCACGUUACAGCCUUGUUAGCACUAAUUGACUAUGAUCAUUUACAAGUAGCAAACGGAUUUACUCCGCAUAACUGUGACCGAUUGUUUGCCUGCUUCUGCAAGUGGUUCAAUGCGGCCACGAAGUAUGGAGUGGAAGAGUUUUCCCAGAAGCUACUGCUGGGUGCUUGUCUCGCUGUGGCUGCCAAACUGCGCUCAGUGGCGGCGAGCUACUAUCACAAUUUUGUCGACGGAUAUUUGGUGCCGUUCCUGCGAAGUCCCAAGUUUGACAACCUGAUGAAGGAGCUUAGCAAUUCACACCUAUCCAAUCUAGAGGCAGUGGAAGAUAGGAGCGCAAAAAAUCCCCCUCUACCCAAUCUGGGUGGAAUUCUUACGAACGAAAAUUCACCGAGUGCACCCACGCUCGUUCUGACGAAGUCCUAUCCGGUGUUUUUGCUUUACGCAAUGCUCGAUUUUUUGCGACUGCACGUGGACCACAGCGGGUGCCCAUUGGAGCUGUUUACACAUAACUCGCACCACUUCCGCUACCUGUCCAAGCUUGCAGACACUGUAACGGUGCAAAACGGGAACAAAUCCAAGUCAAUUGUUACAGGCAACUGCGGGAAGCUGGCGACGAAUUGGUUUUUGAAAACCGAACUGAACUACCUUCUGGAGGUGCUGACGGUUCUGGCUGGGAAUCGUCAUGCUGAUUCGAAGAGAAUUCAUGAGAAAGACAUCGAAAUGGCCAGCAUCGGUAGCGAUGAAAUGCGGCUUCCGCUGGCGGUGGCCUUCAAAGUGCUACUACAUUUUAGUGAAGAGUUUUAUCCGGCAGUUCUUAAGCUAUUUGAUCGGAUAAUUUUUGAACGGAAUUUCUAUCCGAACGGACAGAUACCAGCCGAAGAUCUGCAGCGGUGGAAGUUCAACUAUAAAGUGAAACUUCAAUCGCUAGUCGUUAACGAGGUAAACCUCACGGGCUCUCGCCGCAGUUUCAGCAUCGUUGGGUGGCACACCCCACUGCUGCAGCCCGCUUGGCCCUAUUCGUUGCUGUACUUUUUGCUGGAAAAACUCGAGCAAGGCAAGCCGCAGCUGGAACAUUUCACCGAGGAGCAAAUCAUUAAAACGUCGCUUUUGUUCUCCGAGCUGGUGGAAAACAACUCCAUACUGCUAGUAACGGCCACCGAGAAACUAAUGUACUUGAUGGCAGCUUUCCUGGGUCCGGACUCGAAGUUUCUUGAUGCUCAAAUUUCCGCUCUUAUCACGCGACGCAUUGAUGCCCUGCGGGAGGAAGUGGCUGGGGCAGGAUUAAAGUUUGAUUUUGAAACCAGACUCGAAGAGAAGAAAAGUUAUCACGGGCUGUAUCAGCUGGUAUUGGAUAUAUUUCAGAGCUCGAGCUACGGUCAUGCUCCUUUCAGUGCGUUGGUCAUGGUGCCACUGGCACAGCAAUAUGACAUCCAGUGGCGUAACUUGCUGUGGUCGGAAUACGUAGCCGUUCUACGAUUUGUUGCCUGCAACGAACAACAGCUUUUUGGAUCAUUGAACGACUAUAAGCAACCGGAGGAGACGGACGUAACGCUGCUAAAGUAUUAUAACCAAGCAUUAAACUCGAAUUUACUCCGACCGGGGUCCAUUCCGGCUCAAAUAGCAGCACAUCACGUGCAGGCUUAUCGAUCCAAGGCAGAAAAGAUGAAACGUAGUAAUGACGGCGAUAAAUAAAGAA